AUGGACAUUGGCUCUGUCUUUGCUGCCAUGCAGCAACAUGAGCAGCUUGCUGCCAUGCCUUUUCUUGAUCUUAUGGCCUUCCUCCGGUGUGCCAGCCUUCUUAAAAACAAUAUUCUACAACCCCAGCCCCACACUGUCUCUGAUGAUGUUGAUGUCCUAUGGAAUAUCCUCAAGGAUCUUGUCUGGAUGUUACCCACAGCUGGAGAGGCUGCCGACGAGGAGGAGGAAACAUUCUGA